AUGCUUGGCCAGGUUUUCUUUAUUGCCUCCGUCGAUUGGAGGACGAGCGAGAUUGUACCUGCGAAUUCUUUUUACAGGUCUCAUGAAUGGGCGAAACACGGUUCCUGUGCCACUACCCGUCAUCAGCUGAUUCCUGACCAGCAUGCCUACUUUGCUACCAGUCUCGAAUUAAAGAGACAAUUCAACUUUACUAGCGAGGUGAAGAUGCCAUACUCGUGGACGCAAGAGUCUGCAUUGACUCAAAGCUCGCACCAUUUGACUGCCCACAAGAACCCCGACCGACUCUUUGGUCGGAUUCGCCUUUAG